AUGCCUAAUCGGGCAUUUAGUCCUAGAAGAGCUAUGAUCACCCUGGUAUCCUAUGGCGCUUGUAACUUGCACUUUUUUCUUGCUAAGUGGUCGAGCCAAUAUGUGCCCCAGGAGGAUACCGCAUUAUUGACGGAGGAAAACCUACACUUUGACCUCCCUGGUGCCAUUGUGGCGGCCAGGAACGUGGACAAUGGGAAGGAUUCUUUCGGUAAGAUCUGCUGUCUAUCGCAACCAAACAUCCCUUCCGUACGGGGAAAUGGGUGGGCUGCACUAAUGCUGGUUCCUCGGCAUUGA